GUACUCUCAGAUCUUCUUCUGACCUCAGGCGCCACAAACAUCCCUUGACACCAACUCCAAAGGCCACGGGAAGUGCAACAUGCAUCCAAGCAAUUAAUGGGCAGAAAGCUGUCAAGUUGUGUCCUUGGCUUGGCUUCAAUACAACCUCUAAACUUCGUCCCCAUCAUCAGUUCUUGAAUCUUUUGUUGGAAUUGAUCCGCCCAUCAAGAUGGUCAAGCAAAAUACCCACAAAAGCCUGCUCUUGUUGGCACUUCUGGCACUGUCCCACCUCGAAAUCGUGGCUGCCUUUGUUCCACAGCCAUUGGUUGCAUCUCAAACCAAACAACAAUUCAUCCCUACAGUUGCCUUCCUGGAGACCAAGGAAAAAGAAGGAACAGAGGAGGCGGUAGAGGGCGAAGCAUCCGGUUUUGGUGAAGAUCCCACACCUGAUGACCAAGACAAUAAUAAGCCCCUGAUUCCUGAAAAUUCUCUCGUCAUUGCAGCAGCGGCCAUUGGUACCCUUGCUGUGGCCUCGCAUGCUGGAGACUAUGCUUCCUUCUUCUCAUCACUGUCGGAUAUGAAGGCCAAUGUGGCUGAUCCAGCCGAUUUCGGGCCUGCCCUCAACUUUUGGAUUUUCUUCGCCGUGGCACAUGCCAUCUUGCAACCCAUUUUUUGGAUCAGUGAAGUCCUGCAUGCUAGUCCUGGACCCAUGGUGGGAAACUUGGUUCCCAUUACCUUCAUCUUGGGAAAUGUUGCGGCCAUUGCUGCCUUUACUUUGUCAAAAGAGAUUCGAAAUGCCUUGAAUGUAGCAGCUCUGACUGCAUUCAUUGCCUAUGUAGGAUCAGGCCUUGCAGGUAGUGCUGGAUUGGGGGAUUUCAAUCUUGGUUUGGACGACAGUUUUCAAGGCCAAGUUGUCAAGGGAUGUCCGGCAUAUGAAGAGGUCAGACAACCAAGCAUGGACAACUUUGAUAUUCAAAAAUACGAAGGCAAGUGGUACGAACACAAGUUUCAUGAUUGGACACAGUUCAAGGAAGUCUACGAUACAACUCUUGACAUCAAGCUCACGCAAGGCGGAAAGGCUUGGAUCGAUGAUUUUGGAGUUCGGGGGCCUGCUCCUGCCACAGGUCCGCUUUCUUGGGACAAGAGCCCCGUGGCAAACGGUGCUCACUACUUCCUAUUCGGUCGUGUUGACCCCAAUGAUCCUCCUGGCAUUCUCCGUGAAAAGGGAUUCGGAGUAGAGUUUCCAAACUACAUUGUGGACAUCAAAAAGGACCCUGAUACAGGAGCAUACAAGGAAGCAAUUCAGUUCCAGUGCCUGGAAAGAGGUGGGGUACGUGUCUUUGAAGGCAUCAACUUUAUGUCUCGUAGUCCAACCAUGACCGACGAUGAGUUGAUGGCCAUGCACGCAAGAGCUGAGAAGGCUGGAAUGUACCCAUAUGGAGCCAGCCCAGAACAAAUGCACAGAGUAGAACGGUAUCCCGAAGGAGCACCCCCAGUUGACAACAAUUGGCAGCAGAUGUGGCACGCCAUUGGCUUUGAUAAGCUCUUGGAACUGCUCACGGAAGCUAUCGAAGACGGCGGUCGCUAAAUGCCUUAAUCUAGUUGAAAGUCUAUUGUGAUCGUC